AUCAAAGAGCCUGAGCUGCAGUUGCUGCUGAACAGCAAAGGAAUCAGGCAGUGUACCUGAGGGAACAUGGCGACAGCUACAGCAGAGGCAGAGAUGCGUCAGAGGUUGCUGCGCACAGUCAAGAAGGAGCCUUACCACAAACUCUUGGAAACAUUUUGGAUGCUUCUGGAAUGGAGGAUCAUUGCAUCGGGAAUUCUUGCAGCUUCCAGUGAGAACAAUGUGAAGCAGAUCAUGGAGGAAGCAGUGACCAGAAAGUUUGUUCAUGAGGAUAGUAGCCACAUCAUCUCCUUCUGUGCUGCUGUGGAAGCGUGUGUGUUGCACGGACUCAAGCGAAGGGCGGCCGGCUUCCUCCGGAGUAACAAAAUAGCCGCCUUAUUCAUGAAGGUGGCAAAGACCUUUCCUUUGGCUGAGGAGCUGUGCAGGAAGGUGCAAGAACUGGAGCAGCUGAUUGACAGCAGGAGGAGCCAAGGUGCAGCCCCACAAGAGCAUGUUCGCAAAUCUCAGAAGGUGCCUCAUCUGUCCGCUCAAGCUGUCAAACAUCUGUGGAUCCGCACUGCCCUCUUCGAGAAAGUUCUGGACAAAAUCGUGCAGCACCUUGUGGAGAAUAGUAGUAAAUACUAUGAAAAGGAGGCUCUCAUGAUGGACCCUGUGGACGGGCCGAUUUUGGGCUCGCUGUUAGUCGGGCCGUGUGCCCUCGAGUACACGAAGAUGAAGACAGCCGACCAUUUCUGGACGGAUCCUUCGGCAGACGAGUUGGUCCAGAGGCAUCGCAUUCACAGCGCCCACUGUCGCCAGGACUCGCCCACCAAGAGGCCUGCCCUUUGUAUUCAGAAGCGACAUUCUAGUGGCAGCAUGGACGAUCGGCUCACACUUUCCGCCCGGGAUUAUGUCGAGUCUUUGCACCAGAACUCACGAGCAACGCUAUUGUAUGGCAAAAACAAUGUUCUGGUUCAGCCGAAAGACGAUAUGGAACCUAUCCUGGGAUACCUUUCGCUUCAUCAAACAGGAGACACCAUGACGUUAAAAUGGACACCCAACCAGCUGAUGAAUGGCUCAGUGGGGGACUUGGAUUAUGAGAGGAGUAUAUAUUGGGACUAUGCCAUGACCAUUCGUCUGGAGGAAAUUGUCUACCUGCACUGUCAUCAACAGAUUGACAGUGGUGGGACAGUGGUUCUGGUGAGUCAGGAUGGGAUUCAGAGGCCUCCCCUCCGGUUUCCAAAGGGAGGACACCUGCUGGCUUUCCUGUCGUGUCUGGAGAACGGUCUCCUGCCUCGUGGACAGCUGGACCCUCCUUUGUGGUCACAGAGAGGAAAGGGCAAGGUUUUCCCAAAACUGCGAAAGCGGAGUCCACCUGGAUCAGCAGAAUCCAGCUCCGACAAAGAGGAGGAAGAGGCAACUGACUAUGUUUUCAGAUUAAUCUUCCCGGGAACUAACUCUGAGUUUGUUCCCCAGGAUCUGAUGGAUGUUCAAGGGGGUGGAAUCCCCCUCAUGUGGCAGCCAAAUGCACGCAAGUCCUCCUGCUCCUCAUGCUCACAGAGUGGCUCAUCUGACGGUGGGCCUUCCAAUGGUUGCAACCACGAGAGGGCACCACUGAAGAUGCUGUGUGACAACAUGAAGUACCAGAUCCUCUCGAGGGCAUUCUAUGGAUGGCUUGCCUACUGCAGGCAUCUGUCCACCGUCAGGACCCACCUCUCCGCACUUGUCAACCAUACCAUCAUCUGCCCGGCCACAUUGGCUAACGCAGACUGCGGCCUGACGAAAGAGAUCUGGCAAACCUACCUGGAGGACAAAACGAGCUAUGAAGAACAGGAACUCUUGCGUCUCAUUUACUAUGGUGGGAUUGAAAUGGAGAUUCGGAAGGAGGUGUGGCCAUUUCUCCUGGGACACUAUCAGUUUGGAAUGACUGAGGUUGAAAGAAAGGAGGUUGAUGAUAAGAUUCGAACCAGCUAUGAGCAGACCAUGGGUGAGUGGAUGGCCUGUGAAGCAGUCGUCCGUCAGCGGGAGAGAGAGUCACAUGCGGCAGCGUUAGCCAAGUGCUCUUCCGCAGUCAGCCUGGACACUCAGAUGCACCGAGACUCAACAGUAAGCAAUGAGUCUUCACAGAGUUGCGGCUCAGACAGUCAGAACCAUUUGCGUCUGCAGAGUGAUUCCAGUACAAGUACACAAGUGUUUGAAUCUGUGGAAGAGGCUGAGGGUGAACAACUGGAGAAAGAAGUGGGCACAGACAGUGAUAAACAGGCUGCACCCAUUCCCAAUGGCACUGUGCCAAAUGGCACUUGUUCACCAGACUCUGGACACCCGUCCUCUCGCAAUUUCUCCACGGCAUCUGGCUACUCUGAACACAGCUUCAGCACAGAAGAGGUGAUACAGUGCAGCCAGCACACCAUGGCACAAAGGUGGGGUGGUGGGGUAUACAAAGCAGAGGAAGAAUUUCCUCCACAACAGGAGCUGCAGGACAAGGUACCCUCCCUGGAAGGGCUACUGGAAGUACUCCCUCCAGAUGAAAGAUCCAAAGAAACACUUCUCAUAGCAGAUGGACCCGAACAGGUGGUUCCAGUGAACGUACAAUCAGAAGGUGCAAUUUCUGUCACAGAGGGAUCAGACAAAUUGGCUCAUGUUACAGAUGGCUCUGAGAAAAUAGUUCCUGUGACGGAUGGAUCUGAGAAAGUAAUUCCUGUGACGGAUGGAUCUGAGAAAGUAGUUCCUGUGACGGAUGGAUCUGAGAAAGUAGUUCCUGUGACGGAUGGAUCUGAGAAAGUAAUUCCUGUGACGGAUGGAUCUGAGAAAGUAGUUCCUGUGACGGAUGGAUCUGAGAAAAUAGUUCCUGUGACAGAUGGAUCUGAAAAAGUCAUUCCUGUGGUGGAUGGAUCUGAGGAAGUCAUUCCUGUGACAGAUGGAUCUAAGAAAGUAGUUCCUGUUGCAGAUAGAUCUGAGAAAGUAGAUCCUGUGAUGGAAGGAUCUGAGGAAGUAGCUCCUGUGGCGGAUGGAUCUGAGGAAGUGAUUCUGGUAGCAGAAGGAUCUGAGGAAGUGGUUUCUUUGGCAAAUGAAUCUGAAUUGAUUCCUCUUCCCAGAAAGUCAGAAGAAAUAGCCGCUGUGGUGGAUGGAUCAGAUCCUGACGGUGAUGCCUCAAAAGCUCAUGUUCCUUUGUUUCAAACUGAAGAGAAUAUGACUCAACAGGAGCUGGUGAGACAACAAGCUCUCCCUGAGGAACAGGAAAUGGAAGGCUUUAGUCAGCAGUUAGCAACAACUGAAAACAAUGUCCAUGCAUCUUCACCAGCCUCCUCUACUGGAGUGAUAUACGCUCAAGAAUUACUAGACAUGUACACCGUGAACCUGCACAGGAUAGAAAAAGACGUUCAACGCUGUGACCGUAACUAUUGGUACUUCACCCCCACUAACCUGGAGAAACUACGUAAUGUCAUGUGCAGUUAUAUUUGGCAGCAUUUAGAGAUAGGAUACGUUCAGGGAAUGUGCGACCUGCUGGCUCCCCUGCUGGUUGUCCUGGAUGAUGAGGCCAUUGCGUUCAGCUGCUUCACUCAGCUGAUGAAGAGGAUGAACCAGAACUUUCCGCAUGGAGGAGCUAUGGACACUCACUUUGCCAACAUGCGUUCUCUUAUCCAGAUCUUGGAUUCAGAACUGUUUGAGUUAAUGCACCAGAAUGGGGACUAUACCCACUUUUACUUCUGCUACCGCUGGUUCCUGCUGGACUUCAAACGAGAGUUGGUCUACGGUGACGUGUUUUCAGUCUGGGAAACCAUUUGGGCAGCAAAGUACACCUCGUCUGCACACUUUGUGCUCUUCAUUGCAUUGGCAUUGGUGGAACUUUACAGAGACAUCAUCCUGGAAAACAACAUGGACUUCACAGACAUCAUCAAGUUCUUCAAUGAAAUGGCCGAGCAUCACGAUGCAAAGCAGGUGCUGAAGUUGGCGCGUGACCUCGUUUACAAAGUGCAGACAUUGAUCGAAAAUAAAUGAAGCUGAGGAGGAGGAGGAGAAGCGAA